AUGUGCAGGGCGCCGCGCCCUGUCGUGCACCGCCCCUCGCGCCUGGAGGUGGAGACCUCCAUCCGGCGGCGCAACGAGGAGGGGCCGCUCAAGGGGCGGCUGGUGUGCUUUGACGUCAGCGGCGGCAGGGAGGCGCUGCCCAUCCCGGUUUGGAACGAGGUGGAUGACCCGCCCGAGGUUUCAGCAGACCAGGAGCAGCAGCAGGAGCAGCAGCAGCAGCAGCAGCAGCAGCAGCAGCAGCAGCAGGAACAGCAGCACCAGGAGCAGCAGCCGGAGCAGCAGCCUGAGCAGGGGCAGCAGCACCAGCAGGGUCACGAGCAGAGGGUUCAAGAGCAGCAGGGACAGGAGCAGCCACAGGAGCCGGAGCAGCAGCGGCCACAGGAGCAGGAGCGGGAGCAGCAGCAGCCGCCGGCGGACGGGCGGGCUGAGGAGGAGGGCCAGCAGCCGGGGGCCCCGGCGGCAAACGUGACGGUCGCGCCACGCAAGGAACUGGAAGAGGGGUCACCCGCGGAGCUGGGGGCUGCGGGGCGGAGUAAGGAUGGAGGGGAGGGCCAGAGGGUUGGGCAGCACCAGGCAGGGGCGGCUGCAAUCGAGCAGCAGCAGCAGCAGCCGGAGCAGCAGCAGCAGCAGCAGGCAUCGGUGGCGCCGCGGCCAAAGUGGCCGUGCAGCGGGGCGGAGGCGAUGCGCGCCAUGGGCAUCCCCGAUUUUGUGAGCGCUUGCGUUGAUGGCGUUUGUCGGGCCGCUUUGUCUGCAAACCGCUGA